GAUGUAACCAACACAAAGGGUAAUGAAUUCGAGGACUAUUUUCUUAAACGCGAGCUUUUAAUGGGUAUAUUUGAAGCUGGAUUUGAACGCCCGUCACCCAUUCAGGAGGAAUCGAUACCCAUCGCCCUAACCGGUCGUGAUAUUCUCGCAAGGGCCAAAAAUGGUACAGGAAAAACGGCGGCUUUUGUUAUUCCUGCCUUAGAGAAAAUUAAUGUUAAAAAACAGAAAAUUCAGGCACUAUUGCUCGUCCCAACUAGAGAAUUAGCCUUGCAAACAUCGCAAGUUUGCAAAACCCUCGGUAAACACAUGGGGGUUCAAGUCAUGGUAACGACAGGAGGUACAACGUUAAAGGAUGAUAUUUUACGUCUAUCUGAAAUCGUUCAUAUUGUCGUUGGAACACCCGGCCGUAUUUUGGAUUUAGCUGGAAAAGGAGUAGCUGAUUUUAAUGAAUGUCCGACUUUCGUGAUGGAUGAAGCUGACAAAUUGUUAAUUAUUGACAUAUUUUCCAAAAGAUCGUCAAAUAAUGUUAUACAGCGCUACAUUUCCUCUGAUCGUGAAGAGUUUCAAGACUUGCUUACUCGUGGUAUUGAUAUUCAAGCGGUAAAUGUCGUGAUUAAUUUCGAUUUCCCGAAAAAUGCCGAAACGUAUCUUCAUCGUAUCGGUCGAUCUGGCCGUUUCGGUCACCUUGGUCUCGCAAUUAACCUUAUUACAUACGAAGAUCGAUUCAAUCUUUAUAAAAUUGAACAAGAACUUGGAACCGAAAUUCAACCUAUUCCACCUGUCAUUGACAAACGAUUAUAUGUUGCUCCCA